GCGAGCGCCGUCCGCGGCCGGCGCCGGAAGCGCGCGGCGAUGGGCGAGACCAUAUCGAAGAGGCUGAAGCAGCAGCUGGGAGGGGAGGCGGAGAUGGAGGAGCGGGCGUUCCCCAACCCCUUCCCGGACUACGAGCCCGCCGCCUCCGCGGCGCUCGCGUCCGCCGGGACCGAAGGCACGGGCUGCGCUCGGCCCCCGCCCACCACGGACGAGCUCGGCCUCCCCUUCCACCAGGACGGGAAGAUCAUUCAUAAUUUCAUGCGGCAGAUCCAAACCAAAAUCAAAGAUCUUCUGCAGCAAAUGGAAGAAGGGUUGAAAACAGCUGAUCCCCAUGACUGCUCAGCAUAUACCGGCUGGACAGGCAUAGCCCUUUUGUACCUGCAGUUGUACAGGGUCACAUGUGACCAGACCUACCUGCUCCGGUCCCUGGAUUAUGUGAAGAGAACCCUUCGGAAUCUGAAUGGUCGCAGGGUCACUUUCCUCUGUGGAGAUGCUGGGCCCCUUGCUGUAGGAGCUGUAAUUUAUCAUCGACUCAGAAGUGAUUGUGAGUCCCGGGAAUGCAUCACAAAACUUCUGCAGCUCCACAGAACUGUUGUCUGCCAGGACUCAGACCUUCCGGAUGAGCUGCUCUAUGGGCGGGCAGGUUACCUGUACGCCUUGCUGUACCUGAACACGGAGAUUGGUCCAGGCACUGUGUGUGAGUCAGCUAUUAAAGAGGUAGUUGAUGCUAUCAUCGAGUCAGGUAAGGCUUUGUCAAGGGAAGAAAGAAAAGCUGAGCGCUGUCCCCUGUUGUAUCAGUGGCACAGGAAGCAGUACCUUGGAGCAGCCCAUGGCAUGGCUGGAAUCUACUACAUGUUGAUGCAGCCAGCAGCAAAGGUGGACCAAGAAACCUUAAUGGAAAUGGUGAAGCCUAGUAUUGAUUAUGUGCGCCACAAAAAAUUCCGAUCAGGGAACUACCCAUCGUCCCUGAGCAAUGAGACAGAUCGGCUGGUGCACUGGUGCCAUGGAGCCCCAGGAGUCGUGCACAUGCUGAUGCAGGCAUACAAGGUCUUUAAGGAGGAGAAGUACUUGAAGGAGGCCAUGGACUGCAGUGAUGUGAUCUGGCAGCGGGGCUUGCUCCGGAAGGGCUAUGGGAUCUGCCACGGGACUGCCGGAAAUGGCUACUGCUUCCUGUCCCUCUACCGCCUUACGCAGGACAAAAAGUACCUCUACCGGGCCUGCAAGUUUGCAGAGUGGUGUCUGGACUACGGAGCACAUGGGUGCCGCAUUCCUGACAGACCCUACUCCCUCUUUGAAGGCAUGGCUGGCGCUGUUCACUUCCUCUCUGACAUCCUGGUGCCAGAGACAUCACGGUUUCCAGCAUUUGAACUUGGCUGUUCACAGAGGGAUGAAAAGGUACAAAAAGACAACUAAAAUACCAGUUGGACCAAAAGCCACAGACUGCUUGGUGCCUGACACAGACCAGCUGUGAAUCCUGGAAUGAAAAGCAGCAAACACCGUCAUGGUCCCUUUCCUCACAAAGUUGAGUCAGAGCAUGACUGACAGAAACCCUACCCACGUUUUGUGACAGUGUCCCCUCACCCAUGUGCAAUAUGAAUUUUCCACUUCCAGACCUGUGUGGUGUCUGCAUGUUUCUUGGUGUUUGUGUCUGCAGGUGUAGGUUGUUCUUAGUGGAAAGCCCCUUUGACCCCCACAAGCUUGCAGCUCCCCUCUACCCAGGGGAGUAUCUUCCAAAUUAACAGAGGUGGUCAGGUCUCUUGUAUGCCAGAAAGAUGAUGCAGGGAUGCAUGAGGGAAAGAAACAAGUGGGGUUUGGGAAGUGAACAGAGGUCAGCCUCUCUGCUUGUGCUCACCUUAGUGUUUUUAAGAAGCCCCAGGUGGCACAAGCAGCUUCCAGGACCCUGCUGUCAGCCAGAGGUUUCAGGAGCUUUGGGUAAAGGCCCCUUGCAGCCCAAGACUGUCUUGGGAAGAAGACUUCAGGCCCCAGGGAGUGACAUCAGGGGAAGCCUACUGAGCAUGGCCAUCUCGGACACUUGCCAGGCACAGACUCUAAUUAUUCAACAUACUCUUGUGUUAACACCAUAACUUACGGAUACUGGGAGAACGCAGUCCAGAGGAUGAUGAGGCUCUGCCAUUAGCACGUUUCAAAAUGUGGUGAGUCAUCAAAGCACAGACUUGGGAUGAACACAGUUCUUACUUCAUGUCCACUUUUGGGUGGAAUAAAUCAGAAGUACUGGUUUGCAUUACAUAUGGGAGACAGUGUUCUAACCAAAAAAAUGGCGGUAUUAGCUGUAUGAAAAUUUUCUAUUUCUUAAAAUUUGCAUUGAUUUGUCUUUAGAAGGACACUGUCUCAGCCUGGGAGUUUUCCCAGGGGUAGGGAACAUCCAACCUGCAGGCCGUAUAAGAACCAUGAAAUCAUUUGAUCUGGCUCUGCCAAAGCAGCUGCAGACAGAACUCAAAAUUCAAUAAAUCUGUAUAGCAGGCUAAUUUUUAAGUUGUUAAUUUUGUGUGACCCAUGAAUGAUACUGUAAAUAUUCAGAUGGCUUUUGGCAGAAGAAAGGUUUCCCAACCCUGGAACCCUUACCACCCUGGACACCCCUUUCAUAAAGGAGAAAGAAGAGCAUCGAUCAGAAGAAACCCUUGAUGCAUUUGCAGCCUUUUGAUACUUCUGACCCUUCCUGGUGGUGCUGGCAUGCCAAACACAUGACCUGCUACUUUUGAACCUGUGCCUCUCUCCAAUUUUUUGCUCCUGUGUGAGGCAGGUGGUUUCCAUGUGUGCAGAUCCUUGCAGUUUUAUUUGGGCUGUGCUUUUCAGGGUCCAGCUCCCUUAGUCCUAAAGGCAAGACAUGGGCCACGUACAGGCUGAGCCAUCCUCAGAGCAACACUGUUCCCAUCAUACCCACCCUCUUCACUGGAAAUGAUAUGAGGGAAGCUGGUGGCCACCUCAGGCCUCUGUAGCACAAUCCUUCUCAGCGAGGAGGAGGAAGCUCACAGAUCUGUCACUGGCCAGAAUGGACUUCAAGGUCCACUCACAUGCAUCUUAAAAUAGUUUGACUAGCCUGCUGUGGGAAAGAUAAGAUACCUGUGGUGUAAUAUCUUGGAGUUUUGUUGUUCCUGCAGAUGUACUUUUGAAAAGCCACUCAUCCACUAGAGGUAACAGGUGUGCGGGUCAUGGCUCUGCUUUAACCACUUCCUUGUGUGUUGUGUGGGCUGCUAUUGGCACAUUCAUCUUGGUCCCUGGACAUCACAGAAUAGGAUUUACAGAUGCCCCUUGGCCGUUGCAGGCGUCUGAAGUCAGAUAUCUCAUGUUCAUUUCUUGGAUUUGUUCCAGUCUACAGUGGUGCUCUCCAGAAUGUGUGUCUAAAUUUCAAAAUACAUGUGUUCACAAUACAAUUAAAAUCUGAGGGCAAAAAGUUGACAUCCACAAAAUGUGUGUGGGGUUCUUUGGUUUUGUUAAUAAAUAAAAGGCAGUCUGUUGUGACAA